GUGGGACUACAUUUUAAAUAUUUCCCCAAGAGUUGAGUAGUUUUGGUAUGGUGUAGUGGUGUUUCUUCCGGUUUAGCAAAAAAACAAAAAAAAAACAAAAAACGUCUUAAAGGGAAAGUGACAAUUUUCAAAGCGUAACAAGUUCUUUCACUGAGAUUAAACAUGAGUAUCCCAGGAGAGGAGUCGAUGAAGAGAUACGACCCACUGGAUGCUACCUUGACAUUCGUCUACGGGGAGGAUGACCUGAAUCCAAGUUUUAAUGACAGUGAUGAUGAUGAAGAUGAAGAUGAUGAUGAUGGUCUGAGAGCAGAGAUGUCCUGUGGUCAUGCUGUCACUCCUGUUUCACUUACACAGUGGUGUUUAAGCCAGCUGAAACAGGGUAUAUACAAAUUCAGAUGCCCUGCAUUGGUUGAUGGUGUCGAACUGUGCAAUGAACAGUGGUCAUACCAGGAGGUUCGCAGACUGGCUGAUUUGUCCGUGGAGGAGAUGGAGUAUUUUGAGGCAGAAAUCGCCCGUCUGGCUGCUGCAGAAUACUGUGAUAUCAAGCCAUGUCCUAGAUGCAAGACCUACGUGGAGAGAAAGGACCAGACCAACCUUAACGUGCGGUGCACGAUCUGCACGGUGGACAAGAAGAAAGCCUACCAGUUCUGCUGGCAGUGUCUGAAGAAGUGGAAGGGACCAGCUCCACGCUCCGACCGCUGCAACAACGACAGCUGUGCCAACCACGACCUAGAGCUUCUCAAGAGUUGCAGGACCACACCACUCCCUCAGGUGCAGGGGGUCGACGCGUGUCCCUCCAUCCGGGCUUGUCCCACCUGCGGGCAGACAGUAGAGCACGACAAAACAGGCUGUAAGAACAUCAUCUGUCCUCGCUGCCAGGUUGAGUUCUGCUUCGUGUGCCUGAAGCUCACUCCUGAGUGUCUGAAGACGAGCUCGUACUUCAUCCCCUGCAGCGAUGGGGUGGCUCCCAGACAAACCUCCAUACCUGUGUGGCAUAGAAGAAAGAAGGAAUGAAUAAAGGCGUUCUUUACUCUGUUGAAGCUUGCUUUUUUACUCUGAAAUGUUCUUAUUCCUGUUUUUUGUUGUACUGCCAACAAUGUAUACUUACAAGCUUAUUGUUUUUUUCCUAAAUAAUAUUGCUGUAGACCUUGCCUCUUAAUCUCUGCUCAGUAUUACUAAAUCUAAAACCUGCAUCAAUAAAUAAAACUCAAUUAACACAG